CGAAGUCAAGAGUGUGGUAAAGAGUGAUGACAUAGGUUUACUUUUCACAUUAGACUCUAGACUCUAAAUCAGCUUUCAGUAACGAGUCCAAAAAGCCAUUUUCUUCGGCUACCGUGCUACAAGAUGAGGAGAAGAGUGGAUGAAGCUGCUGGGUCUGAACAGACUGAGAAGAAACCAGCAAAAGGCAAAAAGGCUGUGGAAGCGCGAGCGAGGUCUUCAUGGAAAGUGUGGCUGAAAUGGACGUUUCUAGCCCUCUGUGUCCUAUAUGUGGUCACUCCGUUUCUACUGAGGCUGUUUCCUGGCAUUGUACAGCACCUGGUUUAUUCACAUGCAAUACUGUACUUCGUUGACCUGAGCCGUCCUGCUGACCUUGGUCUAAACCACACCGUUAACAUGUACCUGACCUCAGAAGAGGGGGUGACACUAGGCGUGUGGCACACUGUCCCUGAGAACAAGUGGAAGGAGGCCCAAGGGAAAGGGCUGGACUGGUACGAGAAGUCUUUGGGUGAUGGAUCGCCUGUUUUCAUCUAUCUUCAUGGCAACACAAAUAACAGAGCAGCCCCCCAUCGAAUAGCAGUUGCAAAUAUUCUAAGCUCUCUUGGCUAUCAUGCAGUGGUUAUGGAUUACAGAGGAUUUGGAGACUCCACUGGUGAGCCCACAGAGCCUGGGCUGACCACUGAUGCCCUCUACCUGUACCACUGGGUGAGGGAGCGCAGUAAGGGCAGUCCAUUGAUCAUAUGGGGACAUUCACUUGGCACUGGAGUGUCAACUAACACUGCAGUUAAAUUACAAGAACAAGGUAACCCUGCUGAUGGAGUGAUACUUGAGGGUGCAUUCAAAACAGGAAAAGUACCACCAGGAUACCCCCAUCCUUUCACCUGGUAUUAUUGGAAGUUUCCCUACAUUCAGUACUUUUUCCAGGACAGAUUAAAAAAUAAUAAAUUCACCUUUCCCAGUGAUGAAAAUGUGCAGAAAAUGAGGAUGCCUCUUCUAAUCCUUCAUUCUAAAGAUGACCAUUUAGUGCCCUACCAGAUAGCUGAGGAGUUCUAUAGCACGGCAAAAAGCGCCAUGAAGUCAGAUGAUCGAGUCAAGCUGGUGUUGUUUGAUGCAUCUCAUGGAUAUCUUCAUAAUGGACUGUACAGGGACCCUGCUUUGCCAGGCAUCAUAAGGGAGUUUGUUGACAGCAUAAUCUAGAGGCAUCAAGAAGAGUGUGUCUGGAAGCAAGAAGUUUUCAUCUUCAUAUAUUCUUCCUCUGAAGUAUUCAGACAUGCACUGAUUUAAAACUGCAGAGCGUCACAGAUGUUUGCCUUUAACACUUCAGUUUUGCUGCAAAGAUCAUUCCUCUGCUUAGGUUAGAAGUGCAACUUCAGCAGAUGUUAUCCUGCAGAAUUCAUCAUUCAUUUGUGGAUUAAACAUACAUAGUAAAAUGUUGAAGUGAGCAGAAGCUGUUUUGUGUUUUUGGGGUUUGAAUUGAUGCAAAUUAUUGCUUUUGUUCAUCUGAAAUAAAUUUAGCGUUUUAUCAUUUCAUUCUAUGUAUUUCUUUAAUUUGAACACCUAUCAAACUACUGGUUACCUCAAAGUCAUUUUAGGUUGAAUGGACAUAUAUGUAUAUGAAAGUAUAUAUACAGUAUAUGAAAUGAAAUUUAUGAUGAAUAUCGUUGUGAAUAUUGACUCAUUUGAAUUAUCAGAAGUGAAUGUUGAGUGUAUUUUGUCAGCGAUUGUCAAGUGAGCAAAAAAUGAAUGAUGAGUGGUGAAUGAGCACUUACUGAUUUGAUGAUGUGUAAUAAAAGAAAAUAAAAGUC